AUGAGCUUUGACGCAAUCAAACAUCGUAUAUUUACUCUUAUUAUUCCAGUUUGCGUAUUUAGUACGCUAUCGGCAAGCACUUCAAUCGGUAGUCGUAGGGGAGUAUUACGCUCAGCUGAUCGCAUCACGAAGUUGAGACAAAACACGCAGCAGCUGAAAGAUCCAACACAACAAAUGCAGAAAAACAAACAGCUAACAACAACAAUGAGUAUACAAAAUAAUAAUAUGACUAUGCAAUCUCUGGGUCCCACACCGGCUCAGGGUGCCCAUGUACUGCCAACUCCAAAAACAUCUACCAAAUACUAUGAAAUGAAUGUUGCAUUCACAGAGCCACAACAACAAACACUGUCUUUCGAAAAUGAGACAUCAAAAACAGCAGCUGAUCAAAGACUUUUAAGGAAUGUGAUAAAUGAGAAGAUCCGCAAUGAAGAAUUCUUUUAUGGCAUUGAAAUAUUGGCACGUACAUAUAAUCCAAAUGUGCUGCUAGAUUAUAAUGCCUUGGGUCCGCUACUACCGCUGUUCACCUCCAUUGUAUGGUUGGGCAUGGAUUAUUGUAAUAUAGAAAACCUGCAUGAAAUAGAAGCCAUACGACUGGCCCACAAAUUAAAUCGUCAUGUGAGAGUAAUGCCUCACCUGUCAUGUUAUUGUCUAACCGAACAAAGACUAAGAGAAUUUUUACAAAUGGAUUUUUCCAACGUUCUCUCUAUACGAGGAGAUUAUUUUGAUAAGGACCAACAGUAUCAGCAUUCAUCGGAAUUGGUUGAGGCAAUUCGUAGAAUACGAGGUGAUUCUAUAAGCAUUGGCGUAGCAGGCUAUCCCGAGGGUCAUCCAGAAUGUAAAUCGAUGGAUGAGGAUAUAGGGAAUUUAGAGAAGAAGGUUCAAGCCGGUGCCGAUUUUAUAAUAACACAAAUUUGUUUUUCAUCACAACCGAUUAUUGAUUUUAUAAAAAAGUGUCGCAGAAGAAAUAUAAAAAUCCCCAUAUUAGUGGGUAUAUUUGUUCCAGAUAAUUUACGAAUGUUGGAGGCAAUAUUGCGUAUAACGAAAAUUCAAAUGUCCACGGGAGAUUUAGAGGAAUAUCGUCGCCAGAAUGAUUUGGGUGAAGGACAAUUUAAGGAAUAUGCUGUGAAGAAGGGGGUUGAAAUGAUUGAUGCAGUAUUGAGUAGUGAUGAGGUGGAUGUGUAUGGUUUGCAAUUCUUUACAAUGAAUAGAUUUCAAAAUAUUCCAUUGGUAUUGGAGAAGAUAAGAAAAAAAUAA